GCUAGCUGGGUGGGUAGGGUGCUGGUGAGGACUAGAAUUAUCAGGGUAGGAGGAAGUGCAAAAAGAUCCUUGUAAUAGUUCCUUCGUAGUCAUUCCUUACAGAUGUGUAAAUUCUUACACUAGUGCAUUAGUACGUUUUAGCCUGUUGAAUUACAGUUUGUGCAGCAGACACUGAAGGCCGUUUUAAAACAGCAGCAAGAUUAUGGCUGCCUCUUUAACCAUCCAGCUCCAGUGUUCUGUGUGUAGGAACAUCUUCACAGAGCCGGUGGAUUUGCCAUGCAGCCACACCUUCUGCCAGAAAUGCCUCUUGGAUCUCCCACAGCUCAGCUCGGGUCAGCAGCCGUGUCCAGACUGCAGCCAGCCUUUCAGCCUCAACGACCUGAAGCCCAACAGCCUCCUGAGGAACCUGGUGGAGGUGGGCAGGGAAGACCUUACUAAGAUGGUGGGCAGGGAAGACCUUAGUAAGAUGGUGGGCAGGGAAGACCUUACUAAGAUGGUGGGCACAAAAGACCCCCAGAGAGGCAGAGCGGUAGACCCUGUCCCAUUCCAGAGGCUGAACUCCACGCUCAUGUGUGCUGACCACGAGGAGAAGUUGAAGCUGUUCUGUGAGACGGAUCAGAAGCUCAUUUGUGUCAUCUGUAGGGACUGUGUGGCACAUAAGGGACACAGCUUCAAACCAGUCACGGAGGUCGCCAGUGCCUACUCGGAAGAAAUCAAGCGAGUGUGUGAGUUUGUGUCCAGGGAUAACAGUGAUAUUGAAUUCCUGCUGAAACUCCAGACAGCAGAAGGGGUUAAAACAAAGGAGAAAUCCAGGAGACUGGCAGCUGAAAUCUCCAGUCAGUUUGAGCAGAUGCACCAAUUUCUGAGAGGAAAAGAGGCGGAGGUGAAGAGGAGGCUGGUCCAGGAGGAGGAGCGGGCCAUGGAGAACAUUCAGAGGAGCACAGCGACCAUCCAGGGCCUACUGCGGGACGGACGCAGGAUGCAGGAGACCCUCCAGAGGGCGCUAGUCCUACAACAAGCCGACCAGCUCCUACAGUGGUGGAGUGAAAGUGGAUCUUCUCUGGUUGAGGGAAUGAGGCUGACCAGCACUUAUGGAAGUCCCCAGAGUUCCCAGUCUGCUGAGUACAGGUCAAAGGUUAAAGGCCUCAGCUUGACCCUGGAUUCCCUGACCCUGGGCCCUUAUGAGUCCCACCUGCCCUUCUUUGUGUGGAAGGAGAUGCUGCAGACCAUCAAACCAGUCCCGGAGCGUCUGAUACUGCGGGACCCUCGAGACCGCCGCCUCAGCUUGUCCCUGGGGGGGUCCAGCGUGCGGCAGACGGACCAGCAGGACGCCGUCAGCAAAGACUACAGGCCCCUGGUGGUGGCCUUGGAGACCUUCCAGACAGGAUGCCACUACUGGGAGGUGGAGGUGGGGGAGAAGCUGGACUGGGGGGUGGGGGUGGGCGUCAGCGACCCCCAGUUUGCCUACAUUACUGAGAGCAUCAUGCUGCUGCUGAGGCACGAUAAGGGCUACUGCGUGAGGGAGUUCAAGAGCCUGGUGCCCAUAGAGGUGAGGGCCAGGCCCAGGAGGGUGGGGGUCUAUCUGGACUGUGAGAGGAAGCUGGUGUCCUUCUAUAACGCCGACAGCAUGGCUCUCCUCCACGCCUCCACACGGCCCUUCGCUCGGGUCCUGUCUCUGUGUCUGUCCCCCGGACUCUACCUGGACGGCCACAACAGCGCCCCCCUCACUAUCUGCUGGUACUGAACCCCAAAAGGGAAUUCAUAAGAUUGAAAGACUCUAGGAAGCAACACAAGUUCUGCUUCAUACUUAUGUUAAAUUAUACUUACUUACUUAUGUUUACACCAGCAAGUGUAUGGAACAUCAGUCUUUUUUCUCCCUGAGGCUUAAUGAUAUUAUUUUGAUUCUGUAAACGUAGGUGUGUCCCAAUGUUGUGAUGGUGUUGUCUGGUGUUUUGUAAUUUUCCGUUUCUGAGAUUCUGGGUUUCCAUGGGCGGAGUUUUGAGUGAAUAUAUGGGCAGUACUUGUCAUGCGUGUAUAGGAAGAUGGCCCCAGGGUCAUGCUAUAGGAAGAUGGUUUCAGGGUCGUGCUAUAGGAAGAUGGUUUCAGGGUCGUACUAUAGGAAGAUGGUUUCAGGGUCGUGCUAUAGGAAGACGGUUUCAGGGUCGUGCUAUAGGAAGACGGUUUCAGGGUCGUGCUAUAGGAAGAUGGUUUCAGGGUCGUGCUAUAGGAAGAUGGUUUCAGGGUCGUGCUAUAGGAAUAUGGUUUCAGGGUCGUGCAAUAGCUCUGUCAGCAUAGGGACUGUGAAAAGAGGUAUGUAUACGUGUACAACACACUAUGCAGGUAUCAGGUUUUCUGUCUGUGUGCACAAUUUGUAGCUUAUGGAUACCAUGGUCCAAUUAAACUUUUUCCACAAACCCUUUGUUGUUGUUGUUGUUGUUGUUGUUGUUGUUGUUGUUAUUGUUGCUUAGACACAGACCAGCCACUCAGAAUCAUGAGCAGUUGGACAACAUUUUUCAGAUUGGGC